AAUUUAAAUUAAAAUCGAACGUAUAAAAAUAGUGGAGAAAACAAGUGUAAAAAACAACCUACAAAAUAAUAGUGUAAAAGGAAUAUAAACUUGAAAACAGUCGAAACAAAAAAUAUUCCAAACGCAUUAUGAAAAAAGAAAUUUUAAUUGAAGUCGUUGCAACUAUAGUUGUUGGCCUGUUAUUGAUGCCAAUAUUAAUUUUUGCACAAAAACCACGACGCGAUGAAAAUUAUCCACCCCCAGAUUUUCUUAAGCAAUUCAUUAUUAUACAUGAUGUUUGUGUGGAAAAAACAGGAGUAACAGAAGCUGCUAUUAAGGAAUUUAGUGAUGGUGAAAUACAUGAAGAUCCUGCCUUGAAAUGUUAUAUGAAUUGUCUUUUCCAUGAAGUUAAUGUUGUCGACGACAAUGGUGAAGUGCACUAUGAAAAAAUGAAACGUUUAAUACCCGACGAUUUAAAUAAAUUUAUUCAACAUAUAAUAGAUGCCUGUGAAUCACAUGUACCCAAGGGCGCUACUCAAUGUGAAAGAGCCUGGUCUUGGCAUGUCUGUUUUAAAGAAACUGAUCCGGUGCAUUAUUUCUUGGUUUGAAUUUUGUUCGUAGCUAAAAGAUUAAUAAAUAUGAUCCAGGCAAUAGAAAAUGAUAUGUUUUAAUAGAUGUAAUAGUAUUUUUUGGUUGUUAAAUAAAGUAAAAUAUAUGAAACUAAAA